AUGAACGGCGGUUCCUCCACUACAACAACAUCUGGAUUCCCUUCCAGUACGACAACAACAACAGCAGGAGGUGGCACGAGUCAAGCCAGAACGUCUGGCGGAGACCUAGACAGAAGCAUGGAGGUGGUCGCAAAAACACCACCUGAUAAUGUUGUAUGGCAGCUGGAGUAUGUGAAGAUAAGGAAAAGAAUAGAAGUAUCUUACUAAGAAUCUAGUCUCGCUCUUUGUUGAAAUUGAACAAAACUGACACACCAUUAAAGUUUAACACCAUUGAAUCGCCUAACUGAAUUAGCCACGACCAGUCUCUUUUUCUAAUCUCACUCGAUAUCGAGGACGAACCCAUGCGACUGCCGAGUUUCUUUGCUGCGAACAUUUCUAGGGUUUCCUCUGUGGGGCAUGUGACUCCAGCAGCUGAUAUGGAAGAUGCUGUACAAUUGGGGUCUCUGUUUGGAGGAGAAGGAAAGGUAGGCUUAAUAGAGUUGGAGGAACGAACAAUAAGUGGUAGUCGGCCUUAUUUGAGUCGUGUUCCAUCUGCCGCGCAGAUGGCGGAACCCUCUGCAUCUCCUACUGUGUAGGUCCUUCGCCUGUGUCGUUGUCCGGUGUCGCUGUCCCCUUGAAAAGCGGGGUACACCCAUGGGGUUUCGUAUUGAAAAUCAAACUUUUCCCUCUUUCAACAAUCAAAAACCUCAGGCGUUUUGGCUGCAAAAAGCUUGGAAAUGGUAGCGUUCUGGGCUCGCCUGCUCAGUGUGUUCCACGACUA